CAUUGUUCUCAGACUCUGAUCGUGGUUGAUGCUAACUUUUAGAACAUUUGUCCAGCUGAUGCUAACUUUUAGAACCUUCGUCCAGCUGAUGCUAACUCUAGCUAACAUUUAGCAGUGUUUGGAAUCCUUUUGCUUUUUCUACUUUUUGGUGUUUACUAGAAGAACUCUUUGAGCUAACGUUGUUAGCGUUAACUCUUGGCUCAUUUUGAAUGUUUUGUUUGAAAAUCCAAUGUGUUUUUCUCAGUUCAACAGGAAGUUUCUUGGCUCUGAUUAAUACAAGGCUGAGCUAAGCUCCGCCCACUCUGUUGGGGACUCCUCGGCUGUGGAAAAAAACCCACCAAUGAGGAGAGCCACUCCCUCCUGGUGCCCGCCCACUGUCCCUCUCUCUGAGGCUCCACUUGUUUCUCCUCCCUCCUCCUCCUCCUCUCACUCUGCUGCUCCUCUCUCUGCUGGACAUUUUCUGGACGCUGAUCUCUGUGGAUUCUGACGGACAACUUUUGAGGAGUACGGCGAUGAAGAGGACGGUGGAGGUGUGGUGUCAGCGUCUCCUCCAGCAGCUGCUGCAGCUCCACUGAGAACAUGGAGUCCAGGACUGGCGGAGGAGGAAGAGGGGGAGGAGUCAGAAGGUGGAGGCUGCGUCACAUGAUCACAGUCUGGGUGCUGUUGUGUUUUAACCUGCACCACCAUGCUCUGGGCUGUGAACCCACCAACUGUCACCUGACUCUGGAGGAGCCCCAGGGCAGCUUCUCGUCGCCCUGUUAUCCUGAGAAAUACCCCAACUCUCAGGCCUGCAGGUGGAGCCUGCGAGCUGCCGCCGGCUUCAUCAUCCAGCUCUCCUUCCUGGACUUUGACCUGGAGGAGGCGCCGGGCUGCAUCUACGACCAGGUGGUUGUGAACACCGGCGGCGCCGACGUCCGGUUCUGCGGCCCGACGGCCAGCGGUCUGACGCUGAACUCCACGGGGAACGUGAUGGAGCUGACGUUCACCUCCGACUUCAGCGUCCAGAAGAGAGGGUUCAGUGUUAGCUUCAGACACGUUGCCGUGGCACUGAGGAACCAGAAGAUCCAGGUGACCGGUGGGAACGGCCAGGCCACCAGGGUGGCCGCCUCCGUUUCCAUGCCAACGCUCCAUCACUUCACACUGUGCUUCGAAGCCGAACGAGUUUCAGAAAAACAGAAAGAGUUCUUCUUCUCCUACUACGACCCGAGCGGUGAGCUCAGGUUGGCUCUGGGUUCUGCUCAGUCAGGAAUGGUUCUGGUGGUGGAUGGAGUUUCCUGCUCCGUCCAAUCGCUGCUCUCCUCCAGUGACGUCACCUCCUCCAUGAAGUCCAUCUGCAGCAGCUGGACCUCCUCCUCCGGCACCGUCGCACUCUUCUUUAAUGGACAGUACCAGACCAGCACCUGUACUGCCUCCAGUGGACAUUCGCUACCAGCGGCUGGACAGUUCCGUUUGGGAGGUCAGUUCUUCUUCAACGGUUUCAUCUAUAAUCUGCGUCUGUGGGAUUAUGUGAUGUCAGAGCAGCAGCUGAGGUCACUGACCUGUGACCUGACGGGAAACGUGCUGGACUGGGACAACAGUCAGUGGUCCAUCCCAGCUGGUCUGGCCCAGACGGACCAGACACUCAGCUGCAUCUGCUUCCCUCAUUGUACUCACUUAACCACUGCUGCGCCCUCUGGUGGUGUUUCUCCAUCUGGGGACUCGUCUCUCUCCGUCAGCUGUGACGCUCCAGGACUUGGCUGUCCAGUCCAACAGUCGAACAGCAACAGCGCCACCACUCUUUCAUCGUCUUCUGCUAACAACGCUGCUACUAACCCCAACAGCUCACGUGGUGACGUUUUCUACCGUCUCCGGUUCCUGCUGGAGGUGGAGAACUCAGCGCUGUCUCAGGCCGACGUGGAGCAAACUGUGGAAUUAUGGCUGAAGCAGACGUUUGAGAACUGGACUCACUCUGUGUCUGUGGAAAACAUCAGUGUCCACUCUGGACCCGGGAGCCCAGGAGACCCCAGCAGUUACAGGUGUGGAGUUCUGCUGGUCCACUCCCACUGGUCCAACCAGAGUCUGGGAGAAGACGCCGUGGUGACACGACUGUCCAGUCAAGAACCACUGAUCGCUCCUGGACUACGGAUCCAACCAGGUUCUACAGAUGUCGCAAAAAUUGAGAACUGUCCAGAGGAGAACCCUCUUCCGUACCGAUGGCCAGAGACCCGACCCACUGUGACCCGGUUUCUGCCUUGCUUCCCUAACAAGGACCAGACCACAUCCAGGACCUGUCUGAUCAGCCUGCAGGACUACUCCACCUACUGGUCAGCAGCAGACGUCACCAACUGCACCGACAUCAACAGCAUCCAGGUGUCAGCAGAAAACGCAGCAGCCGUAGCGGAGCAGCUCGCUAACAUCACCAACACUGAACUGCCCAGUGAGGAGGUUUCUAAGGUGGUGUCAAAGGUCCAGGAGCUGGUGAACGUGGCCAAGAUCCAGGCGUCACUGGCCAACACCGUGGUCACCAUCAUCUCCAACGUGAUGAGCAGCUCAGAGACGGCACUGGCCGCCACCUCGGAGAGAGCUCUGAAGACCAUGGAUGAACUGGCUCAGAAGGUGGAGUUUGAAGGAGCGUCCAUCAGCCUCACCUCCAGACACCUGGCCGUGGGGAUAGCGUCUCUCAACGCCUCCACCUUCAACGGCACCUCCUUCAGUGCCACGUUACCAACCAACGGCACCAACCCUCAGGUGGUCUUUGCAUCAGAGGACGUAGACCACCUGGCUCAGGUGAGGCUGCCGUCCUCACUGCUGUCCAGUCCGUCUCUCACAGCGUCUGACCGAGCGGCACUGUCCAGGAUCAACUUCAUGUUCUUCAAGAAGACCAACCUGUUCCAGAGUGAACAAAAUGGCCGCUCCUUGAACAGCUACGUGGUGGCCAGCAGCGUGGGGAACUUCUCCAUCCAUGAUCUGAAGGAACCUGUGGAGAUCGAGAUUUCUCAUCUAUCUGAGCAGAUCCCCUUUAAUCCAGUCUGCACGUUCUGGGACUUUGGUCUGAACCAUGGAGCUGGAGGCUGGAACGCAGACGGCUGUAGAGUUUCAGAAUCCAACAGCAACAGAACUCUGUGUCUGUGUGAUCACAUGACACACUUCGGCGUCCUCAUGGACAUUUCCGGUGUUUCAGCUCACAUCGACGCAAAAAACAACAGAAUCCUGACCUUCAUCACUUACAUCGGCUGCGGCGUCUCCGCUAUUUUCUCUGCUGUCACACUGCUAACGUACAUCGCAUUUGAGAAAAUCCGCCGCGACUAUCCGUCUAAGAUCCUGAUGAACCUGAGCGCCUCGCUGCUCUUCCUCAACAUGUGCUUCCUGCUGGACGGCUGGUUGGCCAGUCUGGACUCCCAGUGGCUGUGUCUGUCCGUGGCCGUCUCCUUGCACUACUUCCUGCUCACCUCCUUCACCUGGAUGGGCCUGGAGUCGGUGCACAUGUACAUCGCUCUGGUCAAGGUCUUCAACACCUACAUCCGCAGAUACAUCCUCAAGUUCUGCCUGCUGGGCUGGGGACUCCCUGCUCUGGUGGUUGGAGUGGUGGUGGCCGUGGACAAAGAGUCGUAUGGACUCCAGGAGUACGGACGGGAGGAGUCUGGAGAGGCCUCGUCGGAACUGUGCUGGAUCCAGAACCAGGUGGUUUUCUACGUCACCUGCGUCUCGUACUUCUGUCUCGUCUUUCUGCUCAACGUGGCCAUGUUCAUCGUGGUGAUGCUGCAGAUCUGUGGACGCAACGGAAAACGCAGCAACCGCACGCUGCGGGAGGAGAUUCUUAGGAACCUCCGCAGCGUGGUUAGCCUCACCUUUCUGCUUGGGAUGACCUGGGGAUUCGCUCUGUUUGCCUGGGGGCCCGUGAGCCUCGCUUUUAUCUACCUGUUUGCCAUCUUCAACUCACUGCAAGGUCUCUUCAUCUUCAUCUUCCACUGUGCACUGAAAGAAAAUGUCCAGAAACAGUGGAGGAGACAUUUGUGCUGCGGACGAUUCAAACUGUCUGAAAACUCAGACUGGAGUAAGACUGCGACCAAUAACACUAAGAAGGUGAGUUCAGACCUGGGGAAGUCUCUGUCCUCUGGCUCCUUCAGCACCAGCGCCACCAACUGGACAUCCAAGGCUAAGGCAACACUGAAUCCAUUCAGCAAACGACACAGCGGUACAGAUCGAAGUUACUCCAAAGAUCCUGGACCCAGGUGCUCGUCCUCGUGUCGGUCUUCGUCAGAGGUGGAUCCUAACUCCUCGUCCUCCAUCCUUCCUGUCAGCCAGGUGAUCAACAAGGUCAAAGGUUACUGCUCCACCCGCUCCGAGAACUUCUACAAGAACAUCAUCAUGUCCGACAGCUUCGCCCACAGCACCAGGUUCUAGGAUUGGUCUCCAGGGAGAACACGCCGUGAUUCAACGUGGAACUGGACCAAAUAUCUGAUCGUCUUGUUGUUUCCCCAAAGGUUUAGUUUCCUUCUUCAAAAGUUCUGGAACUUUCCAAAAUUGUAACGCUAAAUGUGAGCUCUGUCAUUGGAGGAGAGCUUCUGGGGUUCUGAUCUCUGGAGGCCUGUAUGUCCAGUGUAGAACGUCCCAGAUGUUUCCCCAAGUCCAAACGUUGUCUCCUCCGGGACAACGUUCUCAGCCAGGCGUCUGUCUGGACAAAACAACGUUCCACUCCGAGGUGUUUCAUUGGUCCAGCCCGUUGUCACCAUGGGACCAAAACUACAACACGGUCCAGGCUAACGUGGAGCGGUCCAGGCUAACGUGGAGCGGUCCAUGCUAACGUGGAGCAGUCCAUGCUAACGUGUAGCGGUCCAUGCUAACCCUGUUGCUCUCUCCUAAAUGAGUUGAAGUUUGUUAGCAGGAGUGUAGUUUGGAGUCAAACCAAAUGCUAAUGUUAGCGUUGAAGUUCCUGCACAAAGGCACAAAUCAUGUGACACUGGAUCAUCACUGG